AUGGUUAUGACAAAUGAAACCGAUAUGAAUGGAUUCCUCCUCAUGGGGUUUUCUGAAAAUCAUGACCUGCAGUUGUUACAUGCUUGCCUGUUCUUGGUGAUGUACCUUUUGGCCUUGACAAGCAACUUCAUCAUCAUCAUCAUCACAACCCUGGAUGAGCAUCUCCAGUCGCCCAUGUAUUACUUCCUGAAGCAACUUUCCUUUCUGGAUCUCUCUUUCAUCACUGUCACAGUCCCCCAGUCCAUUCACAAUUCCCUCACAGGUAAUCGCUAUAUUUCCUAUGCUCAGUGCAUGCUCCAAGUGUUCUUCUUCACGACUUUGGCCUGGGCUGAGGUGGCUAUUCUCACGGUGAUGUCUUAUGACCGUUAUGUAGCCAUUUGCUUCCCACUGCACUAUGAGCUCAUCAUGGAUGCCAGAAGAUGUAACAGUGCUGUGACAGCUGUAUGGGUAAGUGGAGGCAUCACAGGAACCCUGCACAUGGUUGCCAUAUGUUCUAUGACAUUCUGUAGAGCCAAAGUAAUUCACCACUUCUUCUGUGAUGUCCCUCAAAUAGUGAAGCUCUCCUGCUCCAAUGAUUACCUUGCAGUCAUUGGAGUGGAUAUUGUCUUGUCUAUGGCAGCCUUACUCUGCUUCAUCUCCAUUGCUCUCUCCUACUUCCACAUAGUCUCCACGGUUCUAAGAAUACCCUCUGCUGAGGGCCGGUCUAAGGUCUUCUCUACCUGCCUGCCCCACCUCUUUGUUGUCUCAUUUUUCUUCUCCACAGGCAUCUGUGCAUAUCUGAAACCAACUUCAGACUCUCCAACUGCCUUCGAUCUUUUUCUAUCUAUCUUUUACACAGUAAUUCCCCCAACACUCAACCCUGUUAUCUACAGUCUGAGGAAUGAGGCCAUGAAGAGAGCUGUCCAGAAGUUAAUGUUGGCUACAGAAUUCACUAAGAAAAAAUUUGUUUUUUCAUGUCAUUGA